CUUCACCUUCCUCUAUUCUCUAUGGUUCAGGUGCGGAAAGAAAAAGAAAAAUUUCAUGGUGUUGUGGGUGACACAUAUACGUAGAAAAAUUUAGUGUAAGUAAAACACAUUGGCACCAACUGCAGGGAAAUGGAAUCAAUGGAAUAUGAGCUCGCUAGGAACCUCACUCUGUUGUUCUUCGUGGAACGCCUGCUCGAUAAAGGCGAGCCGCGCACGUUACACGAUCUUUCCUGCCAGUUUGGUGCCAAGGGGUUCACCAAGGAGAUGCGGCAAAUCGCUGGCGGGUCGCAGUCGGGAUUGAAGAAGUUCCUGGCUCAGUACCCAGCGUUGUUCAGCAUAGACGGGGACUAUGUUGAUAUCAACACGUUCCAGAAGCAUCCCAGCGGGGCUGGCGCGUCCUCCAACAACGACUACAUCGAAGAAGCGAAGCAAUACUUCGCCAGUAAAAUGGUCCAGUAUGGCGAGGGCACCGAGGUGCCGAUCAAAAGCCUGCUCGGCCACCGCAGCCAGGCCUCGCCGCAGGUGCGGCACAUCUCCGGGCAGCGCAUCAAGGAGUUCAAGGAGUUCCUAAUGAAGCACCCAGAUACGUUCCAAAUCGUCGACGACAACGUCAUUCUAGUCAGUGAGAAUCAUAGGCGAGACAACGCACACACAAAUUCAGAGCAGUUCCAUAACCUGCCCGUGGCCAACAUCAACACGGACACCGCCCAGCAGCUGCUGGACUACAUCGCGCAGUGCAUCGAAGCCAAAGGGCCUGUAAUGGUGGACCAGCUCUUCCAUCUCAUUGUGUCACGUUUCCCACAAGAGUACUGGUAUCAGAUGUUCAAAUCGCCGGCAGACUUGAGUGCAUUCCUUAAACUGUUCUCGGACAGUUUUCACGUCCAAGCAAACCUUGUCACACUUAUCAGCAAACCAAAAAUACCUGUUAUGUAUCUAAAUGCUAAAUCAAAAGUAAAGACUGAUACACCAAAGCCUGUGGUCGAAGAAAAAUCCCCGUCGCCCGUCCCUCCCACAGUGGUGAGCCCAACUCCUUCAGAUGGCAAGAAGAGCCCUGCAAAUAGAAUACUCAGUCCCACAGAAUCUCCCCGAGGUCCUCAAGCUAACAUUGCCAACCAGACUUUGAAGCAGAGGAUCAAUUCUAUUGUUAUAAAGAAUUUGGCUGAGAAUAUGGUCAGGGACAGGGUAAACAAUCAUUUGAAUGCUCAGAGGAGUUCAGAAGAAACCAAUGGCCUGCCCAGCUUGAGAAACAGUGUUGUUGGAGAAGCAUGGAGGCAGAAAGUCCUGCAGUGUACCACAGUGAUAGCCAGUGUCAGAGAAUGUGCUACAUUAAUUGAAAGUAUUAUGGCACCGAAACGUAAUGCAAAGAACAUAGUGUCCUUUGACUGCGAAGGUAUUAACCUUGGCCUUAAAGGAGUGUUGACUUUGUGUCAGAUUGCAACUAUGAAUGGUGAGGUCUACAUAUUAGACAUAAUGACAUGUCCAGGAAUGAUCAUAGAGGGCAAAAUAAAGGAAUUAUUGGAAAGCGAGCAUGUUAUAAAAAUAAUUCAUGACUGCAGGAAUGAUUCAGUCAAUUUACACAAUCAAUUUGAGAUCAUAUUGAAAAAUGUGUUUGAUACUCAAGCCGGUCAUGCUGUUUUGCAGUUGCAACAGCAGGGUGUGCCUGUUUAUAAAGUGAAAAAUCUUAGUCUCAAUGCCUUGUGUGAAUUGUACAAUGCACCAAUGAAUCCGAUGAAGGAACAAUUGAAGAAUGUAUACCGUAGAGACCAGAGGUAUUGGGCAAGGAGACCGCUGACUAAAGAUAUGAUCAUUUACGCUGCUUCCGAUGUACUUUCCUUGGUAAACCCUGCUAUUUAUGCCUACAUGUCUUCUAAUAUUAAACCAGAUAAUCAGCAGCUAUUUGAGGAAUUGAGCAAUGAGCAAGUGUUUAUGCAUAUACAACCAACAGAGGUGAAAUUGCGUAAACGUCAGAGAAAAAUAAACACCGAAGUAGGUGAACUCAAACAAAAAUUGUCUGAGAGUACUAAAAAUAUUGUGCUGAGCAAUAGGGAGAUCAGAUUGCUGAGAUAUUUAGAGCUAACUGAAGAGGAGAAGGAGAAAUUGAAGGGCUGUCACAAAAUAUCCAAAAAAUUGGAAAAAUUGGAAGCCAUUGGCCAGGACAAGGACUCUGAUUCAGAUGAUGAUGACAGAGAAAAUGAAAUGGCUAGUUUGGAGUCCAAUCCUUCAGAUCCAAUCUCUUCUCCACACUCUACACAGCCUCCCAGCCUCACAGAAUCCAUGCAGAUGAUGGAUGAGAUUCUCUCUGACACAAACAUGGACAAGGUUGAAAAAAUCAAUCGUUUGGAGGCUAUACUAUCUUCAGUGGCACCCCUCAGUGGUGAAUUGGAGGAAAAAUUCUCACAGACAAUGGAACAAACACUGCCAUUGCUCAAAAAUAAGGACUGGUCCAAUCUAAGCCAAAUUUUGAACAUAGGUGAUGUAAACCAGAAGAAUUGCUGCUGUAAAUGCCAUAAUUCCAAUUUUGAUGAUGUGAAGUGCAAUGAUCUCAAUGAAGCGAAGAAAUCGGAGGUCGGCUCGCAAACGCUGAGCACUGGAGACAUAGUGAUCACCAGGAUCCACUUCAGGGAAGAGGACAAGGCCAACGAGAGGAUCCUCGACGCGUCCCCCCUCAGCAAAAGGGUGGGCAUAAACAAUAUGUCUUGAUGACACUCAGAUUUUAACAAUACUUCCAUAUUUCUGAGUGCCACAAUUUAGUUUCGAAACACUUCUGUAUGUGAUGAUAUUUUUUUUAUAUUUUACUUUAGUCGUAAGUUUAAAAUGUAACUGGUCCCCGCAACCAUCGACGCGUCUCGUCGGUCGCGAUACGUCGGGGUACGUUUGAGCUAGAUAAUAUGAAUUAAAGAUGUGAGGUCGCGCAUUAAGUGUACACCUACGCUAUAUGUUCAUUUGAGCGGAGACAAGAAAUGUGCACUCGAAUAAGUGCAACAGUUAUUCGCAUAAUAAAACGGCUACUCAGUUCCAUCCUCUGGAAAUGUCAGUAUGUGCUGUUACACACAUUAUUUUACUAAUUUAUUUUUUUUAUGUCGGCUAUUGCCCGUUAAGCAUCCCAAACUUAAAUGUGAUAAGAUUUCAAGGCCUUUUGUCUCGGUCUAUUUUGAAUUGUAAAUAAGAUAAAUUCUGAUUAGCUCGCGUAAUCUUUACAUCGGGAAAUCUCGAUGUUGAUCGAGUGUUAUACGUCAAUGUAUAUACCAUCUUAUUUAUUUUAAUGCUAACAUAUUGUUUAGUAGCCCCGUAGCUAUUAAAUGUAUAUCGAUGAUGGCAAUAAUAGGCGUAUAUAGUGAAGGUUUAAUUGUAAUAUAUUUAACAGAGAUGUUUAAUACACGUAUUUUAAAAACACGUUUAAAAAAAUAUUAAAAAAUGGUAUAGGGUUAGUGUUAUUGAAAGAGAUUUUAUCUAGUAGAUGUGGUGCUUGGAAAAGUUUCGGUCAUUUUUUUGUUACGUAGAGGACUAUACUGCCUUCAUUGUGAGAUUGUAGAUAAUCUUGUAAUGAUAACUGAUAAGGUUGUAGCUUUGGUUUAAUAAUAUUUUGUGCCUUCGAGUCAUAUCCGACGGAUGCCUUUAUUAACAUGUGAAAAUGUAGGAUUUUAUACAUAUUACGUAGUUUGUGUAACCACGACAUUUAGAUGGAUUUAUUGGUUGGUGUCACACUUAGGAUAAACAAUAACGCCUACCACUUGUAACGCUAGGUUGUUGAUAAUGAAGUUUCUACUUCAACUCACAAUUUAUAUGGUAGCUUUUAAGAUGCCACUAAGCGGCGACUUUAUCAAAAUGGCGGGUGAACAAUGACUACGAAUAAGGUCAUGUUUUAGAAAAAUAUCCGCGCCGUGGACAAAUUUCUUUAUAGUUAUCGAAAAUUAAACUAAGCAUGUUGAAAUCAUUCGAAUAGUUUAUUUUUACGUUAUAAUUACAGUAUAUGAUGUGUUAAAAUUUUAGUGCUGUUUAAACGCUUCUUGCUUUGUCGUGGCGGCUGUUGCAUGUAUUUUCAACGUACCCUCAUUUCACGUAUUACGCAUCAGUAUUUUAUUUUACUUUUUUGUUGUAUAUCACAUAGUAAAUUCUGCACUGAACUGUUCGAAAGUGCAAUUAGUGAAAUAUACUCUUAUUUAUAUAUGCAUAAUAAGUUUUUUAGUUUUGUGUUAUCAAAAUUAUGUAAAAGGCAUAAUUAUACAUUGUCAAUUUAAUAAUGUCUGCAGAUUCUAUGUGUUUUCAAUAAUGUGAACACUUGUGAUACAUUGAUGUGUAGUCGAUGGCUAAAUCCGCUCCACACAGUCUGCAGUCAUUCUGUUGCGACUAUCCAGUAACGUCUUUUUAUAGCUAAUUAGAUACAUUUUAUUUUCGGCAAACGUUCCGUGCCUUAUAUAUUGCACAAUUUAUGAGAAAUUUACACGUUUUACGUAUAUAUUUCGUAUUAUAAAAGUUUAUUUUUAAUCAGUGCCACUAACUUUUUACUAUUUGUAAGCAUUUUGAUAGUCAUUGUUAGUGUAUCCCUCGUUUUGUUUUCUAACACAAGAUGUUUAGAAAUUUUUAUUUCUACCUACUUAACCGAGUUUAUUCGCUUACUACCGUGAAAGUCGGUAAUAUUGUAAUGUGGCAGAUUGUCGGUUACUAAUUUGCGCAUUGUUUAUGUUUAUUAUGAAUAAAAAAUUGUAAAAUAUC